AUGCUGUUUCUGAGCUUUUCCGGCCGACUCACCGCCGUCGGCGUCAUCGUUUUCAAGUGGGGAUGGGGUGGGGAUUCUAUUAAUUUUGACUAUGGGGGUAAUGAGGGCGAGAAUCACCAGGGCAAAAGUGACGAGAAUGAGGAGGACUUGAUGCUCUAUAACAGCAAUAACAUCAGUAGCAUCAACAGUAACAACAGCAAAGACAACAACAACAUUCCAGCUCCACCUCCACCUCCAAUAAGUUUACCAUCCUCGGCUAAAGCCGAGCUCAUGGGCUUAUUAGCCGCAGUCUUGUCAGCACCACCGGAACAGGACAUUGUGGUCAAGCUGGACAAUCAGUACGUGGUGGAACAGUAUAGUCGCCUGGUGAAGAAUCGUCGGGACACCUUACCGAGGAAGCGAUUCAGGAGUACAUAUGCAGGUAUCUGGGCGGUGCUUUGUCAGGUUGUGGAAUCUCGGCCAGGCGGGGUUGAGGUGGUGUGGAUCAAAGGUCACAGCAACAUCCACGGAAACGAACUUGCGGAUCAGGCGGCGAAGGUGGCAGCACAGAGUGGUUCAGUGCCCUGGAUGGUGGAUCUCACUCAACAGACGGAUAUCACGACCUUUGCACAUUGUUACGGCGGGAUUGUUGAAAUCGAUCUACGUCAGCUCCUCAAACAACAAUCGACAAUCCGUCACCAUCAGGCCUGGACGUCACAGAGGCGGGUCAAGAGGGCGAUCCCUGACAUCGAUGACGUGGAAUGGAACUCGACCUUGGCUUAUGUCCAUGACAGGCACGCAGUCUUCACCUUUUACAGCAACAGCAAGGACUCUCACCAACGCACACAUCAUAUCAAAAAGCUGCAUGGAAUGCUGCCCACUCUGAACUCCAUGCAGGCUCGCAAGCCCAACCUGUACCCAACAUGCGUGUGCCGACGAUGCGAGCUCGAGAAGGAGGAUAACGAUCACGUCUGGAAAUGCCCUUCGGCAGCUGAGACCACCACUGAGAUCUGGAAGGAGGCCAUGGGCAAGAUUAACGAGUGGGGUGUGCAGGCGACAAACAGCUACAACGCAGCCAGGAAGCGAGAAUACAAACGCGCGGUGGACAGAGGUCGUCAGGUACCGAGGCCAGUACCCAUACACUGGUGGCCCCCUUCGGAUGCGGAUCAUGUGCGAGGAUUUUCCUCCAUCGGUGGAGCUCGAGCCGUGCACAGCGGUAGUCCAGCUCUCGAUCGAGACGAGAAACCGAUGUGGAAUGUGUCGGAUCUCCUCCGCGGCAUCACCCCCUUGAGCAUGUUGACUGAAUGGUCCGCGGUUUUCCGGACCCCAAUGUCCAUCGCCAAGACAGUCCUUCACAAGUUUGUUGGCUACCUGGAGGCGCAGGCCUCGGAGCUGAUCUGGAAACCUCGGUGCUCCGCGACAAUCGCAUGGGAACAAAGCCAGGGCAUCUCUGCCAAGGAUAAGACAUACAAAUAUACAGGCCCCCGAGGUGAUUGGAGUCAAGGAUACGGUUACAUCACGCACGAUGGUUUCUGUCCCGGUUCUAGACUGCAGCAGCAAAAGGAAAAGGAAGCACUCAGUCAACAACACCGCUUGGUCGUUGCUCGCCUAAAAGAGACCCUAUCCCGCCCCAAGGAGACGAAACCACAACGCAAAACAGCCUUCGACACAAAUGCUAGCUUUCCUUUGCAAGAACGCCAUCAAGUCAAACCACCGCCUGUAUCAGGACCCCCCACUACACAGAUCGGCCCACUUUGCCUGUCUCCAGCAGAGGCGGCGUCCAUGCGCGUGGUUCAGGACACACACGUUGACAACUCCACCCCUCGCAUUCUGUACUCUGACGGAUCUCUUCUGAACUCAGGAACACCGGAAGUAUCACAGGCCUUUGGAGUGGUGGAUCUCACUCAGGACAACCCUCUGACGGUACAAGGACGAGCGGACGGUCACGCAUCCUCGGCUAAGGCCGAGCUCAUGGGCUUAUUAGCCACAGUCUUGUCAGCACCACCGGAACAGGACAUUGUGGUCAAGCUGGACAAUCAGUCAGUGGUGGAACAGUAUAGUCGCCUGGUGAAGAAUCGUCGGGACACCUUACCGAGGAAGCGAUUCAGGAGCACAUAUGCAGGUAUCUGGGCGGUGCUUUGGCAGGUUGUGGAAUCUCGGCCAGGCAGGGUCGAAGUGAUGUGGGUCAAAGGACACAGCAACAUCCAUGGAAACGAGCUUGCGGAUCAGGCGGCGAAGGUGGCAGCACAGAGUGGUUCGGUGCCCGUGAUGGUGGAUCUCACUCAACAGACGGAUAUCACGACCUUUGCACAUUGUUACGGCGGGAUUGUUGAAAUCGAUCUACGUCAGCUCCUCAAACAACAAUCGACAAUCCGUCACCAUCAAGCCUGGACAUCACAGAGACGGGUCAAGAGGGCGAUCCCUGACAUCGAGGACGUGGAAUGGAACUCGACCUUGGCAUAUGUCCACGACAGACAUGCAGUCUUCACUUUUUACAGCAACAGCAAGGACACCCAUCAACGAACACAUCAUAUCAAAAAGCUGCAUGGAAUGCUGCCCACUCUGAACUCCAUGCAGGCUCGCAAGCCCAACCUGUACCCAACAUGCGUGUGCCGACGAUGCGAGCUCGAGAAGGAGGAUAACGAUCACGUCUGGAAAUGCCCUUCGGCAGCUGAGACCACCACUGAGAUCUGGAAGGAGGCCAUGGGCAAGAUUAAUGAGUGGGGUGUGCAGGCGACAAACAGCUACAACGCAGCCAGGAAGCGAGAAUACAAACGCGCGGUGGACAGAGGUCGUCAGGUACCGAGGCCAGUACCCAUACACUGGUGGCCCCCUUCGGAUGCGGAUCAUGUGCGAGGAUUUUCCUCCAUCGGUGGAGCUCGAGCCGUGCACAGCGGUAGUCCAGCUCCCGAUCGAGACGAGAAACCGAUGUGGAAUGUGUCGGAUCUCCUCCGCGGCAUCACCCCCUUGAGCAUGUUGACUGAAUGGUCCGCGGUCUUCCGGACCCCAAUGUCCAUCGCUAAGACAGUCCUUCACAAGUUUGUUGGCUACCUGGAGGCGCAGGCCUCGGAGCUGAUCUGGAAACGUCGGCGCUCCGCGACGAUCGCGUGGGAGCAGACCCAGGGUAUCUCUGCCAAGAACAAGACAUCCAAAUACACAGGCCCCCGAGGUGACUGGAGUCAAGGAUACGGUUACAUCACGCACGAUGGUUUCUCAGCGACAAUUGUUGCGCAGAGCCAGGUUCUGGACCGGACUGCGACUGGUGGAUGGUGCACUGAAGAGUUUGGUCUGUAG